UCAUGGGAGUUGGUAAACCCAGAGGUAUGAGAGCAGGAAGAAAGCUCAAAGAUCACAGAAGAGUUAACAGAUGGGCUGAUAAAGAAUAUAAUAAGGCUAUGAUUGGAUCAAGAUAUAAGAAUCCAUUUAUGGGUGCAUCACAUGCUAAAGGAUUAGUUGUUGAAAAAAUCGGAGUGUAAAACUAAUUUUAUAAACUUCAUUUAGUGAAUCCAAAUAACCAAACUCUGCUGUCAGAAAGUGUGUUAGAGUGUUAUUGAAAAAGAAUGGUAAAAAAAUUUCAGCAUUCGUUCCCAAGGAUGGUUGCUUAAACUUUUUAAAUGAAAAUGAUGAAGUCACAGUAGCUGGAUUCGGAAGAAAGGGACAUGCAGUCGGUGAUAUUCCAGGGGUCAGAUUUAAGAUUAUUGCAGUUAAAGGAAAGUCACUUUUGGCUUUAUGGCUUGGAAAAGUAGAAAAAUGAGC